ACCAAGUGGUAAGUGGCAGCAAGUAAAGCUAAAGCCCUCAUCACUAUUGGUGAGUUAAGGAAACUGUGAAAACUGCAGCCAAAGCAACAGCAACAGCAACAGCAUGCCGCCGUCGCCGUCGUCCGCCUUCUCCAGCGCGUCGGUGUGCUCGCCAUCGUACACUUCUGGAUUUAUCGCUUAUUCAGCAAUCGUUUUGCUUUGCACUUCCGGAAUGGUGGACGUAUGAUGGCAUCUCCGGACCAAGUUUUUGGGGCCUUAUCAAUCCACAAUGGAAUAUGUGCAAUAAAGGGCGACGCCAAUCCCCCAUAGAUGUGGUGCCCGACAAAUUACUUUUCGAUCCGUACCUGCGGCCGUUACACAUCGACAAGCACAAGGUUUCCGGUACACUACACAACACAGGUCAAUCGCUCGUCUUCCGCGUCGACAAGGACACAAAGCAACCGGUUAACAUCACCGGUGGCCCACUCGCCUAUCGCUAUCAAUUCGAAGAGAUUUACAUACACUAUGGCACAGAGAACAGUCGGGGGUCAGAGCACUAUAUACAGGGUUACAGUUUCCCCGGUGAGAUACAAAUUUACGGCUUCAACAAGGAACUCUACCACAACAUGUCCGAGGCGCAACACAAAUCGCAGGGUAUUGUCGGCCUCUCGCUGAUGGUGCAAAUUGGGGAGACACCAAAUCCCGAACUACGAAUUAUAACCACCACAUUUAAUAAGGUUUUGUAUAGAGGCUUUUCCACGCCCAUUCGGCACAUAUCAGUGCGUUCACUGUUGCCAAAUACAGAUAAUUACAUAACCUACGAGGGAUCCACAACGCAUCCCGGCUGCUGGGAGAGCACCGUAUGGAUUAUUAUAAAUAAGCCCAUCUAUAUCACAAAACAAGAGUUAUAUCAACUCCGACGACUGAUGCAAGGCUCCGAGAGUACACCAAAAGCUCCAUUAGGUAAUAAUGCGCGUCCCGUACAAGGACUACACCAUAGAACUGUAAGGACAAAUAUAGACUUUAAGCGUAAUAGGAACCAAAAUUCAUGUCCGACCAUGUACAAGGAUAUGUACUACCGAGCGAAUCGUUGGUCACCGGAUACUGGCUUAUUGAUUCGUUGACCCAACAGAGGACAUAUGCAAAUAAAUGAGAAUAACAAUAAUAAUAAUAACAAUAAUCAUAGCGAUAGUGACAGUGGCACUAAUAGUUAUAGUUAUAGUUAUAGUGAAAGAGAUAACUACAUUUUCCAUAACUGUAAUAGCAACAAUGGUAAUUACAAUUUGUACAACUGCGAGUGCAGCAGGAGUGGUGGAGUUAACAACACAAGCAACUGCGCUGCCGCGAACAGCUGUGUGCAAAAUAAUUAUGAGCGCAGCAGGCGUAACCACAGUUGCUGCAAAAAUAACAACAAUAGCGGCAGGAGCGAGUGCAUCAAAACAAGUGACAAAUUUAAUUGUAGCAACAAACCCACACAAACACAAGCAACAAUAUGCACUGACGGAGGAGCUGCAUCGAGUGUCUGUAAUUUUCGUACGGUAAUAAAUGUGCACCAUAAUAAUCGAAUUCAUUACUACGAAAAUCAGACGAAGCGCCACGACAGCAACGUAGGCAAUUUGAUGCAACCGCCACUGAGUUUGUUGCAACUGUUGCUGUCGAUUUCACACGAAUGGCGGCAAUAAGCAGUAAACUCACACACUUACCCAUGUAUGUAUGUACAUAGGCGGAAAGAGCUCUGGUGCGUCACUGCUACCAAUUUUCCUCAUUUCAAUACUUAAUUUCACACAUUUGUCAUUAUAAUUUUCGUUGUGCAUACAGAGGUGUGAAUGUAUGUGUACGAGUGCACUGUGCGGCAGAUUAACGUGCAUUCAUAUGUAUGUAUAAAAGUGAGUACUUUAGGGUGCCUCACCAAAAAAGCGUUGCUUUUGUCCACCUGAAUUAUAAAAUGUGUUAUAUUUAAAGAGUUCUGCCUAAAUCGAGUUUUUUAUAAAUAAAAUUACUUUUUAAAAAUAUU